AUGUGGUUCGAGGAGAGUAGCUGGUCGAACCUGCGACUCACCGAACUCGUCGAGGAAUGGCGAGAUUUAUGGCCGACAAAAGUUGAAUUUAUGGUAUCUGCGAUGGCGUACGUCUUCGCGAUGACCAACUUCUUGAACCUGCCAAAAUUGAUACUUGAGAAUGGCGGAGUAGCAUUCGUGAGUGCCUAUGGUGCAGCUCUAGGUGUGCUCUGUCUGCCGACAAUCAUCCUGGAAAUGGCUGUCGGCCAGGUGACCGGUCGGGCUCCGGUUCUCGCUUUCUACCACCUGUUCCCUGUUUUUAAAGGAAUCGGCGUUUCGCAGAUCCUUUUCACCAUUGUUGUUCUCGUGUGUAUGACGAAAUUCCUCUCGACACUCCUCAUCUUCUUCUAUUACUAUUUCUGGUCAUUCUGGGUGAAUCGACCCGGUGUGCCAUGGCUGAGUUGCAAAUACUAUCCCGAAUUCUUGUCGGUCCCGUGCCGCGAUUCGGGAACUCUUGCCAACAUCAGCCACGUGGCACACAGUCGUCUCAACACGAUUCAGGCGGAAAGCUCGAUCAUGCAGUUUUUGACAAGUAUUGAAAGACCUAGCGAGUCAAUAAUCGACUAUGGCGAGCCUCAACUGACGAUCCUCUAUGCUCAGGCAGCCAUCUGGAUCACCGUCUUCAUCGCAAUUUGCGGCGGCGUCCGAAUGACCGGCAAAUUCAUUUCAUUCGUCGUUUUCAUCGCGUUCUCCACUCUUCUCGUCCUCUUUAUUCGAUGCGCAACUCUCGGCGGCGUCGCCGAAAUUCUUGACGUCUAUUGGAAGGCAACCGAUUGGGAGAGGCUCAUGGAUGUGCACGUAUGGAGGAUCGCUGUUGAGCAGGCGAUCCUCGGAACUGGAAUCGGCUAUGGAGCAUUCAUCACAAUGAGCAGUUAUAAUCGAAGAAGCAAUAAUCUUGUGUGGGAUUCGAUCUUCAUUAUCCUCUGGCACGCCAUCAUCUCGUUUGUUCAAACCCUCACCAUUAUUUGUCUCGUCGGCUACAUCGCCUCGAAAACCGGACUCGACGCUACCGAAUUGCUCGAGAAAGGCGAAAACCAAUUAUGGUACAUGCUGGCCUACGUCUAUAAUGUCGAGAAAUUAUGGUCCGGUGUGAUUCUCGCAACAUCGAUCUUCACUCUUCUCUCGGUUGUGGUGUUGCUCGCCCUCUCGGUUCUCUCGACAAUUGAAGACGCGUUUGGCGAGAACUGGUCGAAAUGUUGUCGUCGAUUUUUCCUCGCUUUCUUCAUUUGCGCGUUUUGUUUCGCAGGAACAUUGUAUUUUGCGACACAAGCCGGCCGACAUGCUUAUGAAUUAGCCACCGGAAGCAUCAAAUAUAUCACCAUAUUUGUGAUUUUGGCUUUUGAAUUAUUCGCGACCGCUUGGCUCUAUUGUGCUCACAAACUGGGAAAGGACCUUCACGCGAUGAUGCACAAUCGCUGUUGCUCGUGCUUCGGCCAUUUCUUUCUAUUCUUCACUUAUCUGCUGCCGAUCCUACCGGCGGGUGUCGCCUAUUUGAACGCAAGAGACUACAGGUUCGACAAUUACAGUCCGCCGAUCUAUGAUUGGAAGUGGUCCGAGUAUGUCGGUGUCGCGAUCGCGCUGAUCCCGUUGGUGCCGAUUCCGUUGUACUUCGUGUGCGCCGUGCUCUCCGCGUGCUGCUGCAAAGGAAAAGAGCAUCAGAAAGCGUGCAAGCGCGUCAAAACCGCCUUCUCGUCGGACCUUCAGCCGCACUCAGCACGCGCCGAGAAAAACGCGCAACCGAUUCCAAGGUACACAACGAAUGCUCCCGGAUACCUUCUGCUGCCGCAAGCGCCGUUAGCAGAACCAGAAAUCUAUGCUUAA